AUGUUGAUCAAGGAGAGCUACGCGGAUGUGCAGACCAAGGUGGGCGGAAAGGAGACGACGAUGCGCAUCUUCCUCUUCCACCCGACCAUUCCGCAGUAUCCCGACGCGCGAUUCCCGGGGGUUGCCGUCUUCUCGGAGAUCUACCAAGUGACGGGCCCUGUUGCUCGGUUCGCACGACAGAUUGCCGGCCAAGGGUACAUUGUGGCUGCCCCCUCGUCCUACCAUGACUUCACCGGCCCUGAACCCUUGGCAUACGAUGUUGAGGGAACGGAUAAGGGCAAUGCCUGGAAAGUCGAAAAGACGCUGGCAUCUUACGAUGAAGAUUCGUACAAGACGGUUGACUACCUGCUGAGCUUGCCUACCUGUACUGGGAGGAUUGGGACAACCGGAAUGUGCCUAGGAGGUCACUUGGCUCUUCGCGCUGCGCUCGAUCCUCGGGUGAGCGCCUCAGUCAACUAUUUCGCAACCGACGUCCACAGCCGAACCCUCGGUCCCUACGAAGCCGCCAACACCUCCGAGGACGCACCGGCAAACAGCGACCACACGCUGGAUAGGCUGAGCGAGGUCAAGGGCGAGGUGGCCAUGAUAUUCGGCAUCAAGGAUACUCACGUCCCAGACGAAGGUAGAGACUUGAUCCGCAAGAAGCUCCGGAAUGCCGGUGUCGUGUUUAGCUUUUAUGAGUUUGCGUGGGCUCAGCAUGCUUUUAUCCGGGAUGAGCUUAGCAAGGGACGGUAUGAUCCGGCCAUUACGAAGGUUUGCUUCGAGGUGCUGCUGGAGUUGUUUGGGAGGGCGCUUAAGACGGAUUUGGGAGUGAAGGAUGGCCGUCCGGAGGAGGUUGAACAUGUUUGUUGA